AUGUCCCGUCCCGAGCGCUCCGAGUGGACGCCGUCGUCGUGGCGCGACUUUCCCGUGAAGCAACAAGCGCCGUAUCCAGAUCCUGCGGCGCUGCAGGUCGCACAUGCAAAACUCAGGAGAUUGCCUGGACUUGUAUCAGUGCGUGAGAUUGAGGGACUGAAGACGCAGUUGGCCGAAGUUGCUGCGGGAAAACGCUUUUUGCUGCAAGGUGGGGACUGUGCAGAGCGAUUCCAAGACUGUGAGCCCGAGCUGAUUGAGAAGAAGCUCAAGAUUAUGAUUCAAAUGAGUCUCGUGCUCGUGUGGGGAGCACGAAUGCCCACGGUCCGUGUGGCACGCAUGGCGGGGCAGUUUGCAAAGCCUCGAUCGAGUGACAUGGAGAUACUCGAUGGCGAUGAGGUGCCGAGCUUCAGGGGUGAAAACAUCAAUGGAUACAACAAAGACGAGCGCAUACCGGAUCCGACUCGACUACUGGACGGCUAUUUUCAUAGCGCUGCAACGCUGAACUACGGUCGUGUCUUGCUGGACUCGGGCUUUGCUGAUAUUCACGAUGCUGGCCAGUGGGAUCUCGACUUUGUGCAAAUCUCUUCUCGGCGGGAAGAGUAUCAGCACAUGGCGAGUGAGAUCACGGACAGUUUGCACUUUGUGCACAUGUGUGGUGUUGGGGCGGACUCGCCUUAUUUGAAGACGGUAGAUUUAUUUGUGUCGCAUGAAGGGUUGGAGCUCGGGUACGAAGAGACUAUGACACGCAACGUGAAUGGCAAGUAUUACAACCUUGGGACGGACUUUCUCUGGAUCGGCGAUCGCACACGUCAGCUGGACCACGCUCAUGUCGAGUACUUCCGCGGUAUUGAGAAUCCGAUUGGUAUCAAGGUUGGUCCGAGUAUGGGUGUGGAUGAAUUGGUACCCUUGAUUCGUCAAUUGUGGAAGGAUCCCGAAGCCGAUCCGGGCAAGAUCACGCUUAUCACUCGUUACGGUAGUGACAAGGUGUCCGACCUCUUGCCCAAACACAUUGCAGCAGUGAAAGCUGCAGGCCUGAAGGUGAUUUGGUCCUGCGAUCCAUGCCACGGCAACACGAUUGUAGCCGAGAACGGCUAUAAAACGCGGCCAUUCGACCGCAUUUUCGGCGAGCUGGAGCAGACGCUGGAGAUUCACCGUGAGGCUGGUACUGCUUUGGGUGGAGUGCACUUUGAGCUGACGGGUGAAAACGUUACCGAGUGCAUUGGUGGCCCACAGGGCGUCGAAGAGAGUGAUCUUCCAUUGCGCUACACAAGCUACUGUGACCCACGACUGAAUUAUUCGCAGAGCAUGGAGGUGGCUUUCCUACUAGCCAAGAAAUUAUCGGCGUAUCACGAUCUGGCGCCGCUGAAUGAAAAGUCGAAGAUGCGAAAGCGAUCGAUGGAGAUAAGUGAUGCGUUCAAGCGUGUUCGGGGUGACAUUUUUGCCAUUUAG